AUGCUGGAUGAGAGGAACCGGGUUCUGGAAGGCCAGGUGAAUGAGUUGCGGCGUGCACUGGGUGUUGUCGGUGAGAGGAGUGUGGCGACUGCUGCUGUGGUGGAGGAGAGGGAGAGAGAGUUGAUAGCAGUGAAGGGGGAGCUGGCAGUAGUGAAGGGGGAGGUGGUUGGAGUGAAAUCGGAGCUGGCAGUAGUGAAGGGGGAGGUGGUUGGACUCAAAGCAGAGAUGAUUGGAGUGAAGGGGGAGCUGGUUAGAGUGAAGGCGGACCUGGCAGUAGUGAAGGGGGGGUUGGUUGAACACAAGGAUGCUAUGAUAGAGCGACUGCAUAUGGCCGAGGAAAGAAGGGAAUUCAAUUUGAGAGAGUUGCAAGAGGAAGCUAGAAAGGGGGACAAGGAGAUGCGAGCGGGGUUGGCAAGGGAGAGGGGGGAGAGGAGGAGGGAGGUGCAGGAGGAGUUGGAGGGAUUGGGGGCCUGGAAGGAAGGGCAGAGGAUACAAGACCUGAAGCUGAAUCUUGCGCUGGAGAUAAGGCAGAGCAAAGGCACUCGGAAGAAAGCCUUGGAGGCAAUUAAGUCAGCAUCACAGAAGAGCAAUUUGAAGCUGAAUACUCUCCACGAAGGCCUCUCAGACGCCAUCCUCGGCCAUGUGUCCACAAUGACCCAUCUCAAGAGCAUUGACUUGUCCUUCAGCUCGGGUUUCAGUGCAGAGGGCAUCAAGCGCCUCUACAGGCUGUCACAGCUGGAGAAGCUAUACCUAACUUGCACAUGCGUCUCAGACAGUGCGUUGGAAGACGUUGGGUCCUUGGUCAGUCUUAGGGAGCUCCAUCUCCUACUUACCAAGGUGACCGAUGCUGGUCUGGCACACUUGACAGGCCUUUCGUCUCUCAGGGUGCUGGUGUUUGGUAAUAAUAAGGGUGUGACAGAUGCUGGCAUGGUGUAUGUGGGGAGGCUGACAAAGCUUGAGGGCCUUUGUCUGGGUGGCACGGCAGUCACGGAUGAUGGGCUGCAGCAGCUGACUGCCCUGACCAAGCUGACGCGUCUUUUUACUCCAGAAAGGGUUCAGCUUGAGAAUGAUGACGUGCGCAGGCGGAUAGGAAUGUAG